AUUACUAUCAUAGAAAUAGUCAACGGAAUGUCGCCUCCUAUUUGCCCUCCAAUAAAAGAUAAAAUAAGCUCAUUGCAAGCUGCGGAACGGAUCUACUCUGCCAUGGACGUCAUGGAAAUGGAAAAGGCUAGACGAAGAAAGAAAAAAUCGAAACACGAGGCGAUAGAAAAGCCAUCUUCUCCGUUGAAGGAAAUUCAGAAACUGAUUCGAAAAAAAGAGUAUUCAUCUUCUUUAAGAAGACGAAAAGACAAAGCACGGUUYCUUCGCGAAAGUUCUUUUGAGCAAGAGCAGCGCUUCACAGAGCUCAAAGAAAUGGGAUUGCAAGAAAAAGAGAGACUCAAYCAGUUGUUUUCAAUAUAUGCCACGCAACAUGGCACCUCGUAUCGCAAGCCUGCUCAAAUUAAAAGACCAUAUUUUCCUAAUCUAUUUAAACCAAAUCAACGCUUAGCGCCAAAAACGUCCAAUUGUUCAAGGUCAAAGGAGCUCAUCUUACCUGCGAUUGGCUCUUCGAAUAGUCGUACUGGAAGAGAACCAAGACUUUCAAAGUAACAUAGUAACAGACAUGAUAACGUUCUUUGUACAUAACUAUUUAUUAGCUGUUUCAUGAGCAUUAGUCGGUAGCCAAACAAAAAAAGAAUUUGAUGGUUGAUGAAUAAAUGCGCUGUUGUUCAGCUUUCAAACUC